AUGGGGAUAGCUAUCUUUAUUGUAUUAUUUUUUAUUUACUUUAUUAAUUAUCUAUUUUGCAGUGAAAUAAAACCUUUUGAAUUUAAUAAAAAGGAGUUACUAAAAAUUUAUAAGGAAUCCAACAAUAUAGAAUAUGAUCCAGAAAAAAAUACUCUAGAUGCUGAUAAAACUUUCAAUAUUCUAAAAUUACUUUCUAUUUGCAAUAUUAAUAAAAAAAACUUCAUUAAUAUCAUUUCAAAUUUUCUUUGCAAAAACACUUUUUACACUUACUAUGUAAAAAUAAAAAAUAUAAAUAUUCGAUAUGGGGAUACUGUCCAUUCCAAUAUAUCUAAAUACAUAAAGGAAAUAAAUUUCAUUUGUAAAUAUUACAUUUAUGAUAAUUCUUAUGAAAUUAUCAAAUGUUACGAUGUUAUAAAUAGACUAGAUACAUUUUAUUUAGGUUUUGAAAUAGAAAAGAGAUAUGAAAAUAAGCGAAAAGAAAAUGGAUAUAAUGAAUUUAUGAAAUCAAAUAAUUUAUUGAAAAAAAAUGAGAAUUCCUCUGAAAAAAAAAACGACAUACUUUAUCAUAGUAAUGAGAAUAAUAGUAACAAAACUAUAGACAAUUACAACGAACUGCAUAUAAGUAAUAAUGUAGAAAAUGCCAAUAUCAGUUAUUUAUGCAAAUUAAAGAUGAAUAUUAAUUCUUAUAUAACAGAUGAAGAAAGUAUUAUUUUAAAAGUUUUAAUUGGUUUAUGCGUCAAAUUAGGUUAUAAAAAACAAUUUUUUAUAUCAGAAAAUGCAUUUGCUCUAGUUAGAUAUUUUGAAAAAAAUAAAAUGAAUCAUAUGUUUAAUCUUGGUUUUGAUGUUUAUAGUAGUAAAUUUUAUAAUCCCAAGGAUAUUUAUGUUAUUAAAAGUAUGAAUUCAUUUAUAAAUACUAAUAAAGAAUUAUUAAGGAAAAAUAUUCCCAACAUCUACUUUAAAUUUUUUCCUAAUAAAUCUUACUUACUAUGGAGAGGCAUAGAGCAAAAUAAAGAAAUUUUUAAUUAUAAAUUAUUAGAAUUGAAAAAUUUAUUGGAACAAUCAAACUAUAAAGAAAGAAUAAGUCUAUGCUAUAAAAAUUAUUUACAAGCUUAUUAUGAGGGAGAUGAAAAGUACUUAAAAAAAAAACUGGGAAGUAAAAUAAAAUAUAGUAAUUUUAGAUCAUUAUAUAGCAAAAAAUUAAAUGAUUUUUUUUUACUCUCCUUUGAAUAUUUUUGUGAUAAUAAUGUCCUUUCAUUUGAACAAUGCAUAAGUAAUAUUAUGUCAUCUAAAAUUUUAGAUGAAAAAGCAAAAAGUAUUAUGCAUCAAUUUUUAUAUGAAAGUUUUUUAUGUUUUGAAAGUUGCUCUUAUGAAGACAACUUUAAUAUUUUUAAUAAUGAUAUAGUAAUAAAAAAACUGCAAGAAUAUAUAAAUUGGUGUAGCUCUUUGUCGUUUAAGACAGAAAAUAAUUCAAAAAAAAUAAGAGAAAAAAUAAGAAAAAAUUCUAUUAAUGAAGCACUUUUUCCACAAGAUGACAAUAUACAAAAAGAUUUUUUUGAAAAUACUAUGUUUUCUAUUGAAUUCGAAUCUGUAACUUCUUUAAUUAAAGAUGAAUUAGAUAAAUUAAAUUUAAAGGAAAGUUUAGAAAAUAAAAUUUGCAACAUUACAAAGUAUAUAAAAUAUCAUGAACAGCUAUAUAAAAGGGAAUAUACAAAAUAUAAUAACAGAAAAUUAGAAGAAUCUAUUUUAUUAGACAAUUUAUUUUCAGAACGUUCAAUAAAUAUGGAUUUCGAUGAUCUUAUAGAUAAUGUAUACGAUGAAAAAGAAUUAAAUAAUUUUAAUUUUUCAAUUAAAGAUAUUCAAAAUAAAAUUAUAAAUUUUGAUUUAUUAAAAUAUGACAAUAAUAAUAAUAAUAAGGAAGAAACAAAUUAUGGAAGUAUUCAAGAAGAGAAAAAUAAUUAUGAAAAAAAUAACAAUAUUUAUGAUGAAUUAGGAGAAUAUGAUAAUAUUCAAAAUGAUUCCUUUGGUAAAAAAAAUCCUAAAGGAUUAGGUUUAUUAAUACAUAGUUUAAUAUAUAAGAAUAAUGUAAAUCAAAAAUUAAUUAAUAAUAAAAUCACCUUCCAUCAUUCAUUCAUAAUGGGACCAGAUGAAAAAGAAAUUUUAACGUUACAAAAUCAAUAUGACUAUGAUAUAUUACAAAAAAUUUACAAAAAAAAUGAAGUGAAUGAUAAUUAUAAUAAUAAUAGUGAAGUGAGGAGGAAAAAUUUUUUUAAUUUUUUUUCAUUUAAUAAUUACUAUAAUUUCUCUAUUACAAAUGUUCCUACUAAAUUUUAUGAUAUUUUAAAAAGGAAUAUUCUUGUAAAUAAUGAUGAAAAAAAUAAAUCAAAUAUUUUUAAAUUACAAAAAAGAGAUUUGAAAUUUUUAUGUACUAAAGGUAAUAUUUGGCCAUAUUCUAAAAUACUUACUAAAUUUUCUGAAAAUGGGAGUAUUCACUGCGAAGCACAAUUUGAAAAUGAACUAUCGAUUAGUAUAGAAAAUGAAGAGCAAACUUUUGAGUAUUUAUUAAAUCAAAUAAAAAAAAGCAACUAUGCAUUUAUUAAUGAGAAAAAAAAUUAUAAUGAAAACGAAAAUUUAUUAAAAGGAAUUGAAAAUAAUAUAAACAACGAUUCUUAUGUAUGUCCUGAAGAUGUUUUAUAUAAUAUUAGAGAUAAUUACUUAAAUGAAAACUCAUCAUCAAAAAGUCAAAUUGUAGGCUUCCAUUUUUUUAAUAGAGAAUGCACAAUAAAAUACAUAGGAGAUAAAAAAUAUUACAUAAAUAACCCCAUUUUGAGCAAAGUUUUGUUGAAGGCUAUCUUUGGUUUUUGCAUUUUGCAUGGAUUUACGACACUAAAAGUAGAAGCCGAAACGUUCAAUUUUGAAACUGGAAUAAAAACGAAAUUUCAUGAAAUAUUAUUAAAUGGGAUAACAGAAUACGAACAUUUAGGUUUAAAAUUAAUGAAUGUAGCAAAAUUUUCAAAAGAAUUAUAUUAUAUAAUUACUGGAUACAAUUUGAAAAAUGAUCUAUUAUUAUCAGCAGUCUCAAAAUUUGAUGAAGAUUUGUAUAUUCAUCAUAAUAUUGAAAGUAAUUUUUUUAAUUAUGUGAACAAAAGGUCUAUGAAUAUGUUACAUAAAUUAAGUUUUAAUUGUAAUGAGGAUUAUUACCCCUAUAAAAAUUGUUAUGAUAUUUACCCUUUAGUAAGAAAAAAUAAAGAAAAUUAUUGCUAUUUUGAAAUAAAUGAUAUAUUUAAAGAGCUAAAUGAACUUUUCCCUGAUGUGUGUAAAAUGGGUAGCAGUAUAGGAAAAUGUUAUGAACAAAUUAAAAAAAAUAUUAUUUGUUCAAAUAAUAGCGAAGGGUGCAAAUAUUAUAAUUUUAUUAUUAAUACGUUCAUAAAACCAAGAAGGAAGACAUCUUUCUUUAUUCAUCAUAAUAUGAAUGUUCAGGAAUAUUUAUCAAAAAAGUCAUAUAAAUAUUACUUAAUAUUAUACCAAUUAAUAAAAAAUGGAAAGAAUCACUUGAAGGAAUAUAAAAAUAAUGAAUACAUAACUGAUACACAGACAUAUUUUUUAUUAAAUUAUAUUUUACAAAAUUCCACUUUUUUUAUUUUUUGGAAUUUUUCUACAGAAUUUUGGAGAAGAUUUCAAUAUAUUCAUGAAAAAAAAAAUGUGAGUAGUUUUUUUCGUCCAAAGAUUCAUACAGAGUUUUGUCCUAUGGCAUACACUUACGAAUUUAUAUACCAUCUUAAUACUUUUUAUAUAAAAGAAUAA